UGCAGGAUAGUAGCCUUGCCCUGAGUCCGAUCCCACCACCGGGCACUCGGAAGAGUUUAGCAUAAGGAUUUCCUUUCAACCCCAAUAUGACAGUUGCUACCGGAGAUCCUGCAGACGAGGCUGCAGCUCUUCCAGGUCACCCCCAGGACACGUACAACCCCGAGACCGACCAUGAAUGCUGUGAGAGGGUGGUCAUUAACAUCUCGGGGCUGCGCUUUGAGACCCAGCUCAAGACUUUAGCUCAGUUUCCGGAGACUUUGCUAGGAGAUCCUAAAAAGAGAAUGAGAUAUUUCGACCCUCUCCGAAAUGAGUAUUUCUUUGACCGGAACAGACCCAGCUUCGAUGCGAUUUUGUACUAUUACCAAUCUGGAGGGAGGUUGCGGAGGCCGGUUAAUGUGCCCUUGGACAUCUUCUCAGAGGAGAUCCGUUUCUAUGAACUGGGGGAAGAAGCCAUGGAGAUGUUCCGGGAGGACGAAGGCUACAUUAAAGAAGAAGAGAGACCUCUGCCAGAGAAUGAGUUUCAGAGACAGGUCUGGUUGCUCUUCGAGUACCCCGAGAGCUCGGGCCCUGCCAGGAUUAUAGCUAUUGUCUCCGUCAUGGUGAUUUUGAUCUCCAUCGUGAGCUUUUGCCUGGAAACAUUGCCCAUUUUUCGGGAUGAGAAUGAAGACAUGCACGGCAGUGGGCUGAGCCACCCUCCCUACUCCAACAGCAGCAUGGGGUACCAGCAGUCCACCUCUUUCACAGAUCCCUUCUUCAUCGUGGAGACGCUUUGCAUCAUCUGGUUCUCCUUCGAGUUCUUGGUGAGGUUUUUCGCCUGUCCCAGCAAGGCUGGGUUUUUUACCAACAUCAUGAACAUUAUAGACAUUGUAGCCAUCAUCCCCUACUUCAUCACCUUAGGGACGGAGCUGGCCGAGAAGCCAGAGGAUGGACAGCAAGGCCAGCAAGCCAUGUCCUUGGCCAUCCUCCGAGUCAUCCGCUUGGUGCGGGUCUUCCGGAUCUUCAAACUGUCCCGGCACUCCAAGGGGCUGCAGAUCCUGGGGCAGACCCUCAAGGCCAGCAUGCGGGAGCUGGGCUUGCUCAUCUUCUUCCUCUUCAUCGGCGUCAUCCUCUUCUCCAGCGCCGUCUACUUCGCCGAGGCCGACGAGAGCGAGUCCCAAUUCCCGAGCAUCCCCGACGCCUUCUGGUGGGCCGUGGUUUCCAUGACGACUGUUGGCUACGGAGACAUGGUCCCCACCACCAUCGGGGGGAAAAUCGUGGGGUCUCUGUGUGCCAUCGCUGGCGUAUUAACCAUUGCCUUACCCGUGCCCGUCAUAGUGUCUAACUUCAACUACUUCUACCACCGGGAGACGGAGGGAGAGGAGCAGGCUCAGUAUUUGCAAGUAACCAGCUGCCCAAAGAUCCCCUCUUCCCCUGACCUAAAGAAAAGCAGAAGUGCCUCUACCAUUAGUAAGUCUGAUUAUAUGGAGAUUCAGGAAGGUGUAAACAAUAGCAAUGAGGAUUUUAGGGAGGAGAACUUGAAGACAGCCAAUUGCACCCUAGCUAACACAAACUAUGUGAAUAUCACCAAAAUGCUAACCGAUGUCUAGUCGCUAAAACCUAGUACCGUAUUUAAAGCUGAAGUGGAACAAUUGCAGAUAUUGAGUGCUGCUCUGCAUUGUAGUUAACACAGUACUUUCUACGGUGUAUAUUUGGUUCUGCAUGGGAAGCAAUAGCUGUGUAAGUGACUUUUAACCUUUGAUUUCCACACUGAAUAACGUGCAAGCAAACAAAACCGAACCAUUUUGUUCCCCUUCUGCCAUCCCAGGCUCUCCGCUUACCCAAAGGUGCGGAGCGGGCCGAGCGCCGUGCCAUAGCAGGGAUGCAGGGAUGCUCACUGGCACGGCCCCGUCCCCAGAGCCGGGCCACCAACCUGGGGCUGGGGAAGGUCAGGCAGGGCUGGUCCGCUUGUUGGAGGGCUCAGGUUUCCACCUCGGCAGUGCCAAGCUGAACGCAUCGCCCCGGCUCGCGUUUCAUAACGGAAAAUGCUGCAUGCUGCAAUAGUUUGAGCCACUGCAGUAUGCCAGUGAGAGGCCCAGGGGAGGGAUAAUUAGUCUGGCGGCACAUUAUUUAUUAAGUCUUAAGUUUUCUAUGCUAGGCACCGGGAGGGACGAGUAAACAAAUCAAACGCUUGGAUUUUAUUGAUGAAUUCAGAUGAUAUUUCCAUCCACCACUAUUUCCAGGAUCACCAAAGACACCUCCACUGACACACUGCAAAUGAGUUGGGAAAAAAAAAAAAA